ACCAAUAACAAUAAUCCUUCAUAUCAUGGAAAUUGACACCAAUAAUACCGACCCAUAUGAAAUUCAUCGUUCAAAUACAAGCACCAUCACUAUUAACCCACCACCAUCUGAUGAUGAUGAAGCUGAUGAUAAUGAUCCUUUCUACAAAUCCAUCAUUGAAGCUUUUCGUAGAAAGCGUUGGGUUAUCAUCAUUGCUGCUUUAAUCUUAGUAGUUUCCGUUUCUUUCUUUUGCACAUUUUGGAUUUUCCUAAGACCUCAUCAAUCACAAUUUUCUCUAGUCCUCAGUGCCUCCUAUUCCAAUCCUACGGGAGAAAAUUGUUUCAAUUACACCUUGAAUGAACCCCUUAAAAUUAUCAUAGCAAACCCAAACGAUGCUGAUUUGGUUAUUGGUUCAUUAAAUGUGUCUGUGUAUUAUCACGACACUACUAAGGUUUGGGCCACCGUGGUGAAUGGUCCCAUCCAUGUGGGAAGCAUGAAGGUAAAGAUGAUGUUUGAAAGGGAAGAGAGAGCAAAUAACAAGAUGGAUCAUCACAAUGUAACGUCAUUGGAACAAAUUCGAGGAGUUCUGGAUCCGAUCAAGAAUACCCAUUUCGGGAGGGGUGACUUCAUGGCGAAGAUCUCAGUGAUAAGGGCGAAAUUUAAGAAGCUAGGUGGCCUGUUUAUAUGGAGAAUGCAUUGGGAUGUUCGGUGCAACAUUUUGGAUGUCACUAUGUCCGAUCCUGAUGGCCAUAAUAAAUGGGAUUCCACUGGCUUAGGCUUUUGUCAAGAUGAAUAGAUGCUUUAGUAUAGAUAAAGACUUGGAGGGAGAAAUAGUAUUUGGUUCUUGGGAUAGAAAUAUGAAAGGGACAAAGAUUGUGUCUUUAGAGUGAGGGAAAAACAAAACCGGACAAAGUUAGAUCAGAGAC